GUAAGUGUAAAUAUGUGCUCUUUGUGUGGGGCUGUUAGGACAUUACUAGAUAUGCCAGGGCCUAUUGUGACUCCAUGAAUGGUUGCUCCCUUUGCCUGGUACCUUCUCCUAUAGAUGUGAAUGAGACAAGGGCUGCAGCACACAGAGACAUAUAGGACCCCUAGAGUUUAUACCCUCUACAGAGCAGGUAUAAAGAACAGAGCUCCCUUUGGCCAAUGCAAUGACUGAAAUACAAUGAAUGCCAUGAAAAUAUGCACCCAAGUGCUUUUCACAACUGCAAAUGCAAUAACCAGUAAAAAAUUUGGGGGCCAUUUUCAGGGGCCACCAUUACACCAGAAUUCAGCCCACAGGUCGGGCAUUUGGAUACAUAGAUGUGUGUGUCUCCAACCUAACGCCAGACUGGGUGAGAUGACUCCAUAAUGCCCGAUGGGUCUGUGGUUUAAGUGAUUCACUCUUGGUUUGUUCUGGGUGUUGCUAUCCUUAGCUUCAACUGGACCUUUGUGGUUAUGGAACUUUGCAUUUUACAUCUUCUUCCUCACCUGCCUUAGGUUGUCUUUAUAGGGGAUACUGGGGGAUUUCUUGUGUCCCUUUAUGUAGAACUUUAUAAGUGAGUGUCUCUGUCAAUAGUGGAGAGUUUCUUCUGACAGGGAACUUACUUGUUGAAAUGUGAAGCUCCAGAGAAAACCAGGAAGAAAAUGUUAAUGGAUAAAUUCCGACCAUGUGACGUUACCCUGGAAGAUGCAAUUGUACGCACCGGACCCAACGUUGAAGCCGUGUUAUCAUUUAGGUAAUUAUGGCUUUCGGGGGGGAAUUAUGGGAGACGUGAACUUCCCAAGUAGAUGAAAAUUGCGGGGGAAACAAAACUCGUGGGGAAACAAAACUGUCUGGAUGAAAAAUGCAUGAAAACAAUAUAGUGUUAUUUUGCAUGUAUAUAUUAUAUGUAUUUACUCCAGUAAUAACAUUUAAAAAUGAAAUGUAAAAACGCCAUGUGUGGCCUUGCCCUUAAGCUUUGUAACAGGUAAAGUAUCUCAUUACCUAAUCCAAAUAAAGGCCAGCAGGCUUCUUGCCUCAUUUUGCCAGGACACUGACAUUCAAAAUGUUUUUUGUUCCUGACUUAGUCUUAUCUGAAAUCCAAACCCAAUGCAGUCAUAAUGUCUCCUCCCAUUCGCAAGGCGUAUAAAGACCUACCCCAGGUAGUUGUGCCAGGAGAUGCAGAAGGUUCCUGAGAUGGGAACAAUGUUCCUGAGAAGGUUUCUGUGCUGGGUUUCCAUUCUGGGUCUCAUCGGUGGUGUGGCCGCCAAGCCGCAGUAUGCAUUCUCUGUCCCCUUUGUGCUGACCCCAGGAGAGAACACUAUAGCAUGCAUGAACUUUCUGGACCUUGACGAACCCUUGCACCUCCAUGUUUAUUUGGCAAUUAAUGGAACAAACCACACUGUGUUUACUGAUGAAAUCCCGGCCAGAGACACCUUCCGGUGCAAAGAAUUCCAGGUGCCUGAUGUGGAGAGUAAUGAAUAUUCUGAGCCUCCUGUCAUUACAAUGGUGGCUACAGGCCAAGAGCUUGUCAUUGUGAAACAUCGGAGCGUGGCCUUCAACAGGAACAAUAACAUUUACCUUGUACAACUGGACACACCCAUACACAGGCCUGGGCACAAAGUUCAGUUUCGGGUGAUAUCGCUAGAUUCCCAGUUCCGGCCGGUGAACGAGGAGUAUUCUACAGUGAAUAUAAUUGGUUUGGAAUCUGACACUCGCCUGGCUGAGUGGCACAACCUGACAGCAGAACAUGGAGUGGUGCCCUUGGACUUCACGCUGCCAAAUGAUGCUCCUUUAGGGUCGUACAGUAUCUUAGUAAGGAAUUCAGAGCAUUUUGUGGCUGUCCAUGAAUUUAAAGUUAAAGAGUACGAGUUGCCCAGAUUCCAGCUGACUGUGGACGUUCCCAAGGAAAUAUUUCUAAAGAACAACAUGUCGGUCAGUGUCAGUGCCGGAGGCCCCAAUGGGCAGGGGGUCCCAGGGCGGCUCAGCGGCAGCCUUUGCACCAAAUUCGGACUUGUCCAUCCAGGAGACAAUGAUGUUUGUAUCAAUAUCACAGGAGAAACGGAUUCCAGUGGGACGUUUAGCAAAGUACUUAACCUGAACGAACUCCCAUUGGAUUUGAUAGGACAUUAUGUGGAUCAGAAACUCAACAUCACUGUGAAAGAGGAGGCCGCAGAAACUUUACCUCAAUCUCCUAAAGUUACAUUUGACCCUGAAGUUCUGCCGUCGUUGAAGCCGGGGAUUCCUUACGUUGUUGGAAUGACGUUGUGGGACCGUGAGUUGAAGCCCAUGAAGAACGAAGUGAUUGAGCUAGAAAUUAAUUACGAGAACGUCCAAAAUCUGACCACCGACGCGGAAGGCAAAGCUCAGUAUGAAAUCGACAUGGCCACAUAUGAUAGUUCUUAUCUUUUCAUCUCGGCAAAUUAUAAGGGUCCAGGAGAGGAAUCCAGGCCGGAAAGGUUAGAUGAUCCCCUUGAUUAUAUUAUAGCAGACCGGUUCUACUCUCUCACGGGAAGCUAUAUUCAGGUGGAUUAUCCCCAAAAGGAGCUGAGCUGCGGGAAAACCUAUGACAUCCCAGUGCGUUACUUGCUCAGCCCUGAGGGACUGGGAGGCGGAGUCAGAAACAUCUCUUUUUACUUCCUGAUGGUGUCACGAGGCAAGAUUGUGAGCUCUGGGGAACACUCGGUGGAUGUCAGUGACAAGCUGCCCUGCCUUAGGGCAACAGAACAAGACAAGAAUGUGACAUUUGGUGAAGUCUUGGUGGAUGUGAACAUGACUCGGUGUGGCAACUUCUCCCUCAGUCUGACUAUGCCUUCCCAGUAUAGCCCCAGAAUCAAUAUUGUGGUAUACAGCAUGCUGCAGGCAGAGGUUAUAACCGGCAUUGCUCAUCUUAACAUGGAGAAGUGCUUGAAACACCAGGUUUCCCUGAGCUUCUCGGCAUCUGAAGGGGCUCCUGGAUCUGAUGUCUACCUGAUGCUAAAAGCCGACCCCGGAUCCCUGUGUGGCCUCCAGAUCAUUGACUCCAGCAUUCUUCUACAUAAUAAUAAGGGGCAAAUCACAGCUGAGGAGUUGGAAUAUGCUCUGUAUAAUCAGGAAAUUGGGUUUAUGCAGAACCAUCUUGUUCCAGAGGAGCCGGAAACACCAUGCAUUGAAGGCAAUGGAUCUGAUUCUGUGUUAUUUUAUAGGGAAGGAUCUGCUUAUUUUGACUUCCAAAACGCUGGCUUAAUUUUUGCUACAAACACAUCCCUGCAGAGACCUUGGAUAUGUGGCGACCUAAGAAGGUCCAGAGGGUAUUUCUUUAGGCAGAGGAUGAUGCUCCAUAACACAAAAUAUAAGAAACAUCAUUACAAUACAUUUGAGGAGCAAUUCCCAAAAGUCACAAAACUGAAAUAUGCUUUCCCUGAAAUCUGGAGUUUCGAUGUGGUCAUGGUUGGUGAGAGCGGCUCAGCAUCUGUAACCCUGCGAGUCCCGGACACCAGCAGCCAAUGGCAAGCUUCCAUGUUCUGUCUUUCAGAGGAGAGUGGACUUGGGAUGACCAAUUAUCCAUCCAACUUCACCUCCACCCUGUAGUGUACUGAACAACAUGAUUGCUGAAGGGCUUUAUUGAAAAGCCAGAGUUGGGAACCGGGGUUGUUUAUUGAAGUAUAAACAACCCCAUUUAAUAUUAGUGUGGGGGGGGUUACUAUAACCUUGGUUAAUUUGCUUGUGUUGGUUAAAUGAAGUUAGGAAUACUAGAGGCUAUUAAAUCCUUGAACAAAGCUGCAAGCCGUACUGCCCUCGGGGCACAAACAUGGAGCUGGUCAUAUUCCCAUGUUCUCCUGUAUUUAUGCCUUUGGAAUUCUGGGAAUCGUUCUGCCCAUAAGGUGUUAUUCUUUCAUUUCAUGCCUUCUUACCUAGACAUUGGGCAUUCCCUGGGGUCCAGAUCUCUACUGCUGCCGUCAAUGUGUAGCCACCAAUAAAAGCUGAGUAUAAACUGA